CUUUUUUCUCUCUCUCCAUAGAAACAAUUCCUUGGCAACCAUUAAGAGUGCCAGUUGUAUUCGUAGUGCUCCGUGCCCUCUCAGCUCCCUCACACAUACCCUUCCUCGCCCUCUCCAUCACUCACAUCCUGUCUCUGUCUCUCUCUUUCCCUGUGGCUCCCCCCUUUGUGUAUGUGAGCUUUUAUCUAAGCGUGUCUGCAUGUGAGUCAGCUGCAUCCUCAGCACCUGGGACAUUACCUCCAGUUUCCACCGGGAAGCUGCAUCGCUGACUGUGUGAGUUUUUCAGAUCUGUUGCUGUUGCAUUUUGUGAAUCAACUUAACUUUGCUCUUUGUUUUGAAUUAUUUACUUGUUAAUUUAAUCAUGGUCAUUAGCUAUGUAUUAUGGAAAAAUAACAACAUUGGAUACUUUAAUGGUACGACUUUCUAGUAAUUUACUGUUAUUGUUGUUUUUUUUAUCUUAAAAUUAUGAAAAAAAAAUCAAAUAUUUUGUUAUCCUGUAACUCAUGUAACUAAUUCAUAUUAUUUUACUCUCUUAUUGUCAUGACUCACUGUUUUAGUCCCACCACUGUGCACUUGCUUCAUGAAAUUGAAAGUGUGUGUUCUCACCUCACUUGCUUUUUAAGCUGCCCCUUGUGAAAGCACCCUGCUUGUCAGCUCUUCAAGUUUGCUGAUCGGGGGUCUACACCAGAAUUUUUGCAGGCGCAUAACAGAGGAGAGGGAGGUCAGCAUGGGCUCCAGCUCCUCCUCCUAUGCCCCCAAAACCAUCUACCUGGAUGUGGAUGGGAAAGUGCAAAAGGUGGGUUUAAUUCCUGUGAAAAUACUUUAAUUUGUGUUUUUUAAUCAUUAAAUAAUUGGGUGUUUUUUAUGUGUGAUUCUUCCCUCUCCCAAUGUCAGUGAGGUGAUGUGAUUGGAGAUAUAUUUAAGAUGUAUUUUCUCUUGUUUGAGGUUCUCAUUCAGAAGGCUUGCAGAGUAUUGACCUUUUACUUUAUUUUACGCCAGAACAUAAUCUUAUAUCCUGUCUCUGAAACUAGAAAAAAAUUCAACUUCAAUAUAAAAAUGACUCAAAAAAUGACGUACAUUUGUAAAGGUAGGAAAUAAAAUACUUCUGUUUAUUUAUUCGUUUAUUUAUCUUUUGAACCAACAAAUUAUAACCAGGGCAAUUACCUGAUUCAAUUCUAAAUCACCUUCUUGACUCACUUAGCAGGUUUUCCCCGUAGACCAACUUUACCUGCAGAGGAGCUAAAAUUAGAUGCUGAUGCGGUGCAGUUUGCCUUGCAGGUGUUACUGACAGAAUCGAACACUCAUUCUCAGCAGCCUUAUCCUCUGCUUUAAAACUCUUAAGGUGUUGGAUCAAGACCUUUGCCUUUCCUUACAUGCAAAAGAAAAAAAAAAAAACACCAGAAUCCAAAAUGUAAAUGACUGAUUUAACAGAAAUAAAAAUGUGAACAGGAAAUUUGGUAUGACACUGGAUAACUUAGGCGUUUUAAUUGUAGUGACAGUAGAGCUGCAGCUUUAGAAACAUAUUUACAGUCGUGAAAAAUGGUUAAAGGCCUGACUCUCAGGUUUCAGCGUUCCAAACAUACUGACAUUCAGAUUAAUGGAGCACUUGCUGAUCUGGUGAAGUAGAGUGCUUCAAGUACAUAGCUGGAAAUGACACAUGUCUUUUCAAGGGCCCCAAGCCGCCAAGCCUGGGGCUGAAUGUUUGUCUGCUACACCUGCUCACCUCAAGAUUGAAGAUCACAGAUUUUACACUCCAAGGCUUUGCUAACACAAGCUCCUGAGGUAGAUCUUGUACUUGUUAAAGAUGAACCAUAACAAGGCUUUUUCACUAGGAUGAUAGCAUGACAGGUCUGGGUGAUGUUGACCACCCUUCAGCUGUCUUGUCUUUCUUCUCACUGGUCUGUUGACUUGAUCCUCUUCAACUACAUAAAGGAACCAACCCUAACUUUACAUUCUCGUGUGACUCAGCUGUCUAAAAAACAUGAAAUUUGAUAACCUUUUUUGCCGAGAACACUGCGGCUGUUUUCAAAAGCACAGCUGCUGUUUGUGCACAGGUGUGCCUCUAGAAAGUGUGGACACAGAUAACACAUGAUUUGUCAUUCAUAAUACCCCACAGUGUUUUAAUUUAAAUAUACAAAUUGAGAAUUAAGUUUGUAUUUGAUUUAAGAAACCAGUUUAAAAUGUUUUAUCUCACAGGUGGUGUUCAGUCGACACUGCAGCCCAUGUGACAUUAAGGAGCUCCUGUGUUCCUCAUCCAACAUUCCCAGGUUUGUUGAUUUGAUACACUCUGUAAAAAGUAUUAUUUUAGACAAUCAGGGCUUAGCUAGGUAAAAAAGCAAAACAACCACGACAACUGGAUUUAUUGUUUUUGCCAGUAUGUGAUGCGUCACUUCCUUUUGAGGACAAAAGAGUUCAACUGUGUCUUUAUCAACAUUGUUUUGACAUUUGUGGGACACUGGAGCACACAUCAUGUCAACUAUGCUGUGAUGAAUGAUGUUAAACCAGUACCUCUGGUUGCCUUUGAGUUUACGUUUGCAAAGUCUGGUCUUUUCUACAUCACAGUUAGUAAUUUUAUGUUACAAAUAGGUACAUGACACAAAUGUAGUCUUAAUCCCAAUAAAAUGCUGCUGAUUUUGUCCCAUAGACUGUCCAAAGAGACCACCAGAAUCAACAUGAGCGCUCCCCACCAUCAGUGCCUUCAGAGUGGGGUGUUGCUCUGCUUCAUCAGUUCUCAGCUUGUGCUCUUCUUACAGGAAUACUGCCAUCAUGAUGGUGAACCCAGAGGGUGCCUUGGUCUCCAUAGAUCCCACCAUGCCCACCAACUCUCAAAAGUAACACAAACAGAAUAUUGAUGUUAUUUUCUGUAGUAACCAUCAUCUCACUUUGUUGGUUUUUACAAAACUUUGACCUGUUUUCUUUUUUCAAGAAUGAAUUACUUUCCUCUGAUUUCCUUUCAGCUCUCUGUACAAGGUUGUCCCUCUGUCUACAGGUCAACUUGGAGGUAAACUGUCAGCAACAUUUUUAUUUUAUCUAAUAAGUUAAUAAUAUAUACAUAUGUAUUAAAUAAGCUGGGAUUGUUGUUUAGGAUGACUUAUAAGGACUUACUUAUGUCUGCAGAGAAGGAGGACAUGUUUCAGAACGUGCUGUCCCAGGUGGCAGAUCAGUUCAGCAGGUAACACCUCGGUUGUUUAUGUUAUGUUAUGGCUGAAGACUACCAGUCCCCACCCCCACACAUACCUCACACACACAUACCUGUCAGCAGUAACUCAGAGACAACACAUGCUGCAACCCAUAGAGACGGGUUUAAUCAGACAACAAGUUCUCCCACCAUUUCCUUGGCCUGAUUCCAGUGAUUUUGUCCUUAACUGACCAUUUUUAUUCCUCCUAUUCUUCAUAUAUUCUCUGUUCACAGAGCAUUUCGUAUCAAUGAGUUGAAGACUGAAGUCACCAACAGGUUAGCGAUGCUGGAGAAGAGAGUGGAAUGUGAGUGCUUCACACAGUUUAAGAGAAAUAAUCCCUAAAAAGAAAUUGAUCCCCAGAGCUGCAGUGAACUAUAAUAUUUGUGUCGUUUUUAGUGGAAGGCCUGAAGGUAGUGGAGAUUGAAAAGUGUAAAAAUGACUUAAAGAAGCUCCGAGAUGAGAUGACAUCAAGAGGUGGUGGCAGGUAAAUGAAAAGUGUAUAUAUGAGAUGUCUUUCUGCAGAUAUUGGCAGAAACCAGAUCAUGCAAAAUAAAUGUUCUUGUCUUUUAAAUUCAGAGUAAACUGCCCGUGCAAAUACAACUUUUCAGACGAUGGCAAAAAAGUCACUCCACGACGAGAUGUUCCCAAUUACCCAAAGGUAUGUCUGCAUGCAAAAUAAAAACCUUCCCUCUUACAAGAGUAGAUUUACUCCAUCCAUCUUCUUACAUCUUUUCACGUACUAACGGUUCUCCCUGUUUGGUGUGUACAGUACACACUGUCUCAGGAGACUGUGGAGGCUCUCAAAAAGCCAACAUUUGAUGUCUGGCACUGGGAACACAAUGAGGUAUUGCACUUCAGAAACACAAUCACUUGUUUUCCCCCAUGAUAACAGCAAAUGAACUCUGAAUUUCUUUUUCUCUCUUUUUAUGGCUCCAGAUGCUGAGUUGUUUGGAGUACAUGUACCAUGACUUGGGACUUGUGAAGGAAUUUAAUAUGAACCCCAUCACACUCAAACGCUGGCUGGUAAAACAUUUAUUAUCUUUGACAAGGAUGGAGGUACUUUUUGUUUUGAACUUUUUCAGCCAUUUAGAGAAAAUUUCCUGCCUUAUAGUUGGCGAUUCAGGAGAAUUACCGCAACAACCCUUUCCACAACUUCCGCCAUUGCUUCUGCGUGAGUCAGAUGAUGUAUGGCAUGAUCCACCUUUGCAACCUACAGGUAUGAAGCCUACAUUUUUGUAUCUGUGUUUUUAAGCUAAAAGAUAGACUUGUAGCUCAUUAAAAUAGAUCAUUUUCAAGUUUAUGUUUUAUAUACACUGUCUUGUCCAGGAGAAGCUGACGCUCACAGAUAUGGGUAUUCUAAUGACAGCUGCUGUGUGUCAUGACCUGGACCACCCCGGCUACAACAACACGUAAGAUUCACUGUUCCGUCUGUAGAGGUGUUGACAGAAUUUGCACUGCAGAUGCCCAGUGACCCCAGUAUGUUUUGACAUCUUCUACACAACACUGUUGUCAGUGAACUGUGAAACUAGUUCAGCAUGGAGAGAGUUAAGGUAUGAAAACAUUCACAUUAUCAUGUCGAGGUUCAGGCAGGCUAGGGCUUCUCUUAAUGGGUAAAUUUUAUGAGAUUGAACUGCUUAUCUAUCCACUCACCUGUGUCAUCCAUCCAUCAGGUACCAAAUUAAUGCCCGCACAGAGCUGGCGGUGCGUUACAAUGACAUAUCACCGCUGGAGAACCACCACUGCGCUGUGGCCUUCCAGAUCCUCUCCUUGCCAGAGUGCAAUAUCUUUGCAAAUGUGGAUCCAGAGGCGUUCAAACAGAUCCGACAAGUCAGAUGAAAAAAACCUUCAUUAGACACAGACAUUUUUUUAUAUUUUAAAGACUAUUUUGAUUAUUAAAUUAGAUUCUCAAGCUGUUUUGCUCUGAUGUUACUAGGCAAUCAUCACCCUCAUUCUGGCCACAGACAUGGCCAGACACGGCGAGAUACUAGACUCCUUCAAACACAAAGUGGACAACUUUGAUUUCACCAAUGAAGAGCAUGUGACAUGUGUAUGUAUACAAUAUGCCUGGCAAGAUCACUCUGCUUCUCCAUCUGGUAUUACUUCAUGACUGGUUCCAAUCAGAUGUCAGUAGAUGUCCCUAGAAAAGUUCAGCCAUAUUUAUGUUGAUUACAUUUCUUUUAAGUGGUUUUAUUUCUCUGUGUUUGUGUGAAUGCAGCUAAAGAUGGUUUUGAUCAAGUGCUGUGAUAUUUCCAAUGAGGUGAGGCCAACUGAGGUCGCAGAGCCAUGGGUUGACUGCCUCCUGGAGGAGUACUUCAUGCAGGUAACCUUAAUGAAAGCACUUGAAAAUCCAAAGUCUUAAUCAGUCAGGUCAACUCAGACACCAAACUGUCUGCAUCACAUCAGUGUUUCCACUUGUGUGCUUCUCAGAGUGACAGGGAGAAGUCUGAGGGCCUCCCUGUGGCUCCCUUCAUGGACAGAGAUAAGGUCACUAAACCCACUGCUCAGAUCGGAUUCAUCAAGUUUGUCCUAAUCCCAAUGUUUGAGACUGUCAUGAAGGUACGAUAGUGAGUGUACACAUGUGCUUGUUAAAAAUGCACACGUUCAUUGACAAGUAAAGCUCUCUCUGGGGCGUCCAACAGCUUUUCCCUCAGAUCGAAGAGAUCAUGGUUCAACCUUUGAGAGACUCUCGUGACCACUAUGAGGAGCUGAAACAGAUUGAUGAUGCCAUGACAGAGGUAGAACCUAUUCUAUACUAUUCUAUUCUAUUCUGCUCUAUUAUGUCUGUAACAAAUUUCAUCUGCUAUGUCAAGUCAGCAUCUUUUAGCACAUUUUAAUGUUCCUGACAUGUUGACUUGUUGGUAAGCAACAUAGUCACAAUCACAUACACAUGCAAACACAUGGAGUCACAUAUGUGCCAUUCCCGUGUUAACACAUGUAAACAUUAUUGGUUAUUAGCUGACAAUGUAGCUAUCACAUGUAGUUGUCUAGAUAUUAAAAAAGUAGAAGUGGAAGACUACAUAGAAAAUAGUGUCAGAUGUUUUCCAGUUUAAACCUUGAAUACUCAAAGUGAGAGGAUUUAUGCCAAUCUGAUAGAUAUUUGUUAAUUCCUGUUAAAGGCAACAGAUACAAAUGUACGAAAAUGUUAUGUUCACGCAUGUUUUCAUCAAUUUUAGAUGACUUGAUAGCAAGAAUCAUCUUCUAGCCUUCUUCUAGUUAGCUGCCAUGUUUGACCUCCAUGCUUCUGUUGUAGUCCAGAAUGCACAGUCCAGCUAGCUUGACUGUUCUUGCAUGUGUGCAUGUAAGAGUAUCAUCAGCAUACAUUUGCUUGUUCAAAUCAAGGCACUGUUACCAGUAAGAUUACCACACUGUAAUCUAUAUUACUUUUAAGGACAAACAUGUCUGGGUUACAUAUUACGAGAAAGUGUACUACCUGCUGCGUAAUUUGACUCAUUUUGAGAGGCUCAGACCCAAGCACCAAUCAUAGUGUGCCCUGAGUUGAACUAUUACUUAGAAGAUGCACUUCCUGUUCAUUUUUAAUUUUUUUUUUUUUUUUUUUAAUGUAAGAUAAGAUAAGAUAUAUAAGAUAUUCUAAUUCAAAUUCAACUUUAUUUUUAUGGCACUUUUCAGACAAAAAAUGUAGUUCACAGUGCCUCGUAGAGGCUUAAAACAACAAUUAACAACAACAAAACACAACCCUCCUACCCACACACCCACCCAUGGACCCACACGCACACAAAGACACACACCCACCCUCACUCACUCACCCACACAUACACACCCAAGCGCACACAGUGUGAGAAUUGAAGAUAUGUUGUCUAAGAUAUAUUGUCCUUUGAUAGUCCCACAGAGGGAAAUUCCAAAACUACAACAGCAUAGAUACAAAAAGAGAAAUUAAAGGAUAAAGAAACUUAGAGUUAAAAAAAGAGAUGAGUCUUAUUUACUAUAUACAUGUGUACAGAAUACACAUAUAAUAUGAUUUACUGCACACUGAGGUUUCUGUUGUGGAGUCUGUAAAUCCUGAAUAUUGAAAAACCACAUAUUUUCAUUCAUGUAACUUAUUUCAGCUGGGUGGGGUCACACAUGCAUCAAACCACUUGCUAACAUAAAGGUGUGUCUUUUGUUCAAUGAGGCACAGAAGAAAAAAACUGAAAAUAUGUCAUUAGGCGGGAAGAAGAAGUAAGCUCUGCAGUGAGUGAGUGCAGUGGUGUCUGUGUAAGUAAAAGAAACUGACUUAUUGGUUGUGCUUUAGUGUUAGUGUCAUGAGUGCACUCUGUUUCUGCCUCUGCCUGAACUCUCCACAGCAAUUCUACUCUCUACCGACACCAGAAUUUUAUGAAUGAGCAGCACUUUCAUCUCUUUGGUUUCCUCUUUUGAGCCGACAUCAGGGGGUUUGCAUCAUUUUAGCUUUAAACUAACACUAUACUGUAGUGGAUUCAAAAGGGCUGGUUUAGUAUGAGAAGUAUUCUUCUUUGCAAGAAUAGAGUUCUUGGCUGAUUGAGAGUUAAAGAGCGAACAAAGAAAAAAACAUCUGAGGCUGAAGUGGUGAAAUUGCUGCUGAUUUGUUUCACCCUUGAACAACAUGUCUUCUUUUUUCGCAGUGACCAGAUGCUCUAACCGCUUUUCUGUCAUUUCAUAGAAGACUUUUCCACAGAUCUGGACUGAAGCUGCCUCUAGAUUCUGAGUGGGUUUUGACUCUCAUAAUUAAGAAAGCCAUUCGUCACUCACAGAUCUAACGAGACAGCUUCAGUCCAAAAGUGUCUGUUUGUCGUUGGUGAUAACCACCCAGUCUUUUGGUGGUUGGGCAUGAUUUGUGCUAAUCUAGGCAGACUCUAAAUCACUGGGUUGGUGUGUAAACCUAGUUGUAGUCUCAGCUUUCCUCCUCAACAUGCCGCUGUUUCUUUGUCUUUCUUAUCCAAGCUCUUGUCUUAUCCGCAGGGGUCUUCUUUCAUGUUCAGAUUAAGGACAGACUUAAAAAAAGUUGACUGAGGCGUUUGGUGCGGACAGCCUGUGCUGAACCAAGAUGACAGAUGGAACAGGAGGGGAAGAAACAAGACUUCAUGGCUACAUACUGAGCUAAACUUAGGCGUCAAUGUGGCAGAUUUUGAACUUUGACUUAGACUUUUGCACUGGAUGUAACAGAAAGGAACCUUGUGGCCUCUCUGCAUUUUUAUGGUGUUUAUGUUGCUCUCUUUACUUUUAUAUCUGCAGUGCCUCCUGGAUAUGAAGGACCCGUUUUGUUAGAAAUUAAACGAUUAUGUCAGAUCACCGUUCAUUUUGGAAGUGUAAGAUGGCAGCAAAAAAGGCCUCAUGUUGCUGUGUUCAAAACCACAGACCUUUCUUUUUAUUUGUUUGUUCCCAUUUUCUCUGGUGUAAAAAUGAAAUGCGCCGUAUUGGGAUGUUUUCACCUCUAUGGAGCAUUUUGUUUAAUUAACACGGUUUCCUGGGUGUUUUUUAAACUAUAAUUUGCACCUUAAUUUCUUUUUUGUUUGCAAACAGUAAGCCGUACACCUUCAUAAAUCUAUGUGUUUUUUUUUCUUUCACCACUUGAAAAAAAUGGGCUACAACACUGAGUGUCUGGCUCUUUUUGAUUUGACAAAUACACAAAGUGAAAACUAUCCAAAAACCAUUAAACAGUUACUACACGAUGACUAAAAAUAUCAACUAUACUUUCAAAUGUGUUUUGCAUGCUGGCACAUGAGUGUUUUAUAUAAAUACUGUAGAUAAACACCUUAAUGAUAGACGGUUUAUGUCUUUAACUUUUUGACAUAUCACACUCUUUACCUGCAGAUGGAGUUAACUCAGUUCUCUGUAACUGUUCCGAGUUCAUCCAUUAUGUUUUCAGUAUUUUUCAUGUAUUUUCAAAUGUUCACAACAACAAGUAAAAGUUUGAAACAAACAACCAGAAAAAUCUUGUUAGCAAACUAUAAAACAGCAUCAUUAGACUGUAACACACUGUAGUAAGUGCCUUUUUGUAAUCAUUUUACUGACUGUAUUUUUUAUAGUUUCUUUAAAGCUCAUUUUAGUAACUUUUGGUUAUAAUGAUUUCAGCGCCCCCUGUGGACAAAGUGCUCUUUCAGUCAACAUGUAAAUGCAAGCAUCUCUAGUUUGAGUCAAGCAUAUUUCAUGUCUGUAUACCUGUGUUUUGACUUGAGAACACUGGGAUGUUCUACCGAUUUACACAUUUCCAACAGGGUAACACUUCUGCUUCUUUCUGUGACCCCAUGUGUAAGUCAGCGUGAACUUCAUGUCCCAAGCUGUUGUGCAGACAUUCCAGUUGUGCUUCAUCCUGAUUGAGCAGGAGUUUUAUUGCCACAUUUUAGUCUUGCGGGCCAAAAUACAGUCACCAUGUGUUGAAAUAUGACUUUUUAUCCAGUUGUGUACCACCCAAAGGUGCCACUUAUCUCAGCCUGGGCCCGCCCACCUCCACUCUGUCUCUCACUAUACCUUCUCUUUUAGAUCUGGGUGGUUUUCCUGCUGCUUCUUCACAGUGUUUAUCCUUGUCUUUUGGCACUAUGUUUCCAAUCACUCCAAUGCAAUUAUUGCCUCACCUGUUGGCCUCAUCUCCUGCGUCAAAUACUACCUACUUGGCUAUAAAAAUAGCUCUGGUUAAACCUUUUGAGUAAAACAGAAAGAACGCACAGUCUGAAUCACCAAGGGCUCUUCUAGUCCUGCACUUUUUGUUUGGGUUUGUUUGUGCAUUCCAAAGAAUCAAGUAGGAGAACCAAUAAACUUCAAUUCACUCCUUGAAUAUGUAGCUUGAUGUGUUUAAUCUCAUCCUUCACGAUUUCAUGGUCUGUUUCUUUAGAGUAAAUCUAAUCUCUUGUGUGCACACUGCAAUCUUACACGUACUUAAAUGACCUUAAAGUGAUAUAAAAGAGCACAGUAGAGCACAUGUCAUUGUUUCAGAUGAGAUAGGAGAAAGCGUAUUCAUGUUUGAAUGACUGUAAUUACCCAUUAUGAUCUCUGCAUAGCGUUACAGUGUAUUGAUACUGAUUUGUCCUGGUUAAACAAUAUGUCUUAUCAAAGAGGGAUUCUGCACGCCACUCAAAGAUUUAAGCACCACAAACCAUAAAUAAAGGACUCACAGUGACAAGUUGAAACAA